AUGUCUGACCCUCGACCCGUCAAGCCUUUUGGCUUGUCGCAGGUCUAUGUUCCCCGCGGGGACCCCACCGUGGAUAUUGUAUUUGUCCAUGGUCUCAACGGCCAUCCUCACGAUACUUGGACCAGCAAGCCCAGCAAGACAGACAAGGGCGGCUGUUUCUGGCCCGUGGAUCUACUGCGCGAGAUCCUGGCACCACUGCGUCCGCGCAUCUUGACCUACGGCUAUAAUGCCAGCGUUGCUGCUUUCACCGACGGCGCGUCGCGCGACUCAAUCGUCAGCCAUGCAGAGACGCUGGCGUCCAAUCUGGCUGCCAACCGAAAUUUACGAAACUGCUCCGAUCGCCCAAUCAUUUUUGUCUGCCAUUCCCUAGGAGGCUUGGUCGUCAAACGUGCCCUCAUCUAUAGCCGAAGUUUAUCGAACGAGAAAACAGAACACCUGCGUUCGGUGUACGUGUCGACGUUCGGCAUCCUCUUCCUCGGCACACCCCAUAAUGGUUCUGACGUUGCGAAAUGGGGUUUGUUAUUGCACAAUAUCUGUACCGCCGUUCUCCCCAAGAAGGUCAUGGAAGGCUCCUCGCAGCUCGUGCAGGCCCUGCGAAAAGACAACGAGACCCUACAGCACAUCAAUAGUCUGUUCGCUGACAUCAUGGGCCGUUUCCACAUCUACUUGUUCCAUGAGACGCGUUCUACAGAUUUGCGCGGAACGCGGGAGAUUAUUGUCGACGAGGCAUCAGCUGCGCCAUACCUUGAAGGAGUGGAGCGAAUGGGCAUCGAGGCUGAUCAUAGCCACAUGUGCAAGUUCGACGAUGAGAAUUCUCCGGGCUUUGAAGUAGUUGCCGAAGCCCUCCUCCGAUAUUCCCGCCAGGCUCCCACGAUCAUUGCAGACCGUUGGGUGGAAGAGCAGAAAACUCGUCUGUUGGAGAAGCAGGCCAAGGCUCGUGAGAUUUAUGACGGUAGAGUAGAUGAGACCGUUGGACGCAGUAUGCCGAAUUUGAUCGCGCCUGACUAUUCCGUGGGUACUCUGCCACGGCCACCCGCUACCGAUGGCGGCCGCAACUCCCCAGUAUCCGACUUGAACCAUAGCGGUGUCUUAACAUCGUCGCAAAUAUCUCUCAGAGAUCAAUCGCUCUUCGUCGCGCCUCCGGGUUUUCAUCCCAAUGCAACCUUUUAUGGAAUGGAGAAGGAGCUGGAGGUGCUGCACAACCGCCUAUUCAAGGCUCGAGCACGCGCAGAUCGAACGAUGGCCGUUCUGAUCUCUGGUGUUCCAGGAUCCGGAAAGACCCACCUGGCCCGCCAGUAUGUCUUUGCGCAACGCGAGAAUUAUCCCGGUGGUAUAUUCUGGAUUGAUGCAAAGUCCCGCGAGUCUUCAUACAAAUGCUUCUGGGAAAUCGCUCAAGCAGCCACCCUGGUCGACCACAUGAAGACCCAUGACCCGGAGUAUCAAAAGACUCAAACAUAUGUGAACGCUGUCCGAAACUGGCUCCAGACGCGCCAUGAGUGGCUGAUGGUAUUUGAUGGAAUCUCGUUUGAUCAUGAUGAUGAUAUCGAUGAGUUUCGACCUUUUCUCCCCUGGAACAAGAGGUGCAGUAUCAUCUAUACCUCAAUCGAUGCCACGUUGCGGAAAAAGCAGCGUCUAUACGAGCCAUACUGCCUCUCGAUGCCUCGCAUGCGAGUUGAAGAUGCUUGCAAACUUCUUUUUAGAGACCUCGGAAUCAAAAAGCCCACACAGGAGCAGGUGCACAAGGCCACUGAGCUGGUGGGAUACUACGAAUGUCUUCCACUCGCCAUUCAUGCUAUCGGUCAUCGUCUAAACGCUACGGGCAAGCCCAUCGAGAGAUACCGCGUCAAGUACCAAGUGACUGACAAGAAACUCGCCGAGCCAUUUUUGGGUAUCAUGAAUGAUCUAUACCGCUUGCACCACCGAGAGGCUUUGAAUCUAAUCAACCUACUUGCGUUCCUCGGCCACCACGUUCCGGUCGGCUUGAUCAACCUCGGAAAGGGCGUCAUGUCUGCCGAAAACGCAGAGAUACAGUCCAGUGCUCAAAUCGGAGAGGAUCCGGGUCUCGACACUACCCUGGGAACGCUAAUUCACUACGGCCUGAUCGAGAGGACUCUAGAUACCCAUACUUCAUCCGUUCCAAACCUUUCCCCUCAACUAUCGAGUGAUGGCAUAUGCAUUGAUGCCACUCCAACACCCGGUCUCCCAGGCUUGACCGAGUCUCUGACAGAGACAAGCACCGGAGGCUUCUUUUCGAUCUACCGUGGCAGCUUGGUUGUUGACGUUGUCAAGAUGCAUAGCGUGGUGCAACGAUUUUGCCGAGAUGAGCUCCGAAUCAAGGACGAAGAGUACAAAGACACCCUUAAUAAGAAUGAUCCGGGGUUCUACGACUCGUGGUUGAUUGUCGCGACGCGAUUUCUCUGCCGAUCCUACGAGGCUGCAACAGAGAAGAUGGCGCAUUAUCACGACUGCGGUCUCGUCCGUGACUAUAGAGAAUACGAGACUCACGCAUCGAGCCUUGCGGGGCUCUUCCCAAAGAGAUCAGCUAUGAGCUCCCAUCCUCCGAUUCUUCGGGAGGCGCGUGAAUAUCUGCGUCAGCUGAUGAAAAGUGUAAGCAGCGAGAUCGAUCGCAUGUCUCCCAGCUCUUCCCAGGAGACCUCGCGCAACCAGAAGUCUGUCUUUGAUAGAUCAAGUAGCUCAUCAUCCUCAUUUCCUGAAUCUUCGACCGAUGAAGGUCCCUCACGUCAAUCCACAUUCAACUGGACCGACUCGGGAUCUACUCGGGCAGAAUCACCUGAGCAAAUCAUGGCACCUGCGCGUUUCAAAUUAGAUCUGUUUCCUCCUCAUACCUUCAGACAAGCUGGUUACGAGUCAGAAGAGGGCUACGAGACGGACGGAGAAGCAAAGCAAGCUCCCCAAAUCUCACCAGCGCUUUCGCAGAUGAGCCAAGCUACGGAGAAACCGUCUCCAAAAACAGAAAGCCCUCCUGUUCCAGCGGAUGGAGCGGAAUGGAAUUUGGUGGAUCGACAUUCGAAGCCGCGGUCAACAAAAGAAAGACAAUCCUUGAAGCGAACCCGAGGUUUUCGUCGCUUGCGUGGAGCCAAAACAGCCACUCCAUUAGUCAAAGUCUCAACUGUCCAGGGGCGAGGCUCGUGCAGUCGCGUGUCAUCGGAAAAUGGAAGCUCUUCGAUCAUGGCUUCAGCGGCUGAGAUGGCGUUGGCUGCCGUUCGGCGAUAUAGCAGUGGCAGUGGAAAGUCAGCUCCUGAAAGUGAGAACACUUCUGCAACUCCAACGCAAGCGGAUCGCCCAAGGCGACCAGCCUCUAUGUACCCAUUACGAGGCCAGGAACUAGCUCCAGGUCUACGGAUGAAGAUUUCUGCCGAAUCACUUGACGGCCAAGCAGGCUAUAUGAUUGCUUCUCCACUUGCGCAUGAAGUGACAACAUAUGAGCUGAUGUCUGAACCGAUGUUACGAUCAACCUAUAGCGAGCCCGGCGGUGACUUUCUCGGCCAGCAGCUACUACUAGAUCUCAAGACUGCUCCUGCAUCCCGCAUGGAGUCUCGCCGCUCGUCACUCGCUCACAUAUACGAUCCUAGUUUUCUGCCAGUACUCCUGCUCUCAUUCCCUAUCCUCCUCCUCCUCCUCCUCCUCCUCCUCCUCCUCCCUCCUCCUCCUCCUCCUCCUCCUCCUCCUCCUCCUCCUCCUCCACCACUCCCGUAUGAUGAAGAUAUCAGCAUCACUGCCCCACGCCAAAGAAGGCCAGCUUCGAGACCAGCUUCGAGACCAGCUUCGAGACCAGCUUCGAGACCAGCUUCGAGACCCCCUCCUGUGCCCCAUCCGUCCGCGAUCAUGCCAGGAGCAGUUCCUCUUCAAGUGACUCUCUCGGAUGGCCCCAUACCACAAAUUGCCGAGCACCCGAGCGCCGACGUUCUCACGCGCAAUUCUUCUGGAUUCUCACAUCAAUCCUGGGCUACAGAGCCAGUCCGUUACCCACCACUGUUCUCGCCACUCCCAAGCUUUCAUCAAUCAGGCGAAAUCGAACGCACUGCUAGCCCAGUCAUGACCCAGAGCCAUUUGGCCCAGCAAGCUAUGGCCCAAUCGCAGACACUUUCCGAAGCCAUCAGCUGGACCGGCGGCUCCGUCUCAGAUAGUGCCCUCCAAUCCGAUGCACUGUACCCAUCAAUCCCUCCAUCACGCCCCAGACUAGGCUCAGUAGACGAAAGACUACGAGAGAUGAGUCUAGCCUGGAACCCCGAGGUCGAACCUUCUCAAAUCCUCCAAUUCGGAGGUCAUCGCGUCGAUGUGCGAGAUGCGCGCCAACGGCUACACGAGUCUGGCCGUCUGCAGACUCCCCGUCAUGUUCCCACCUAUCAACUCUAUCACCCGAAUAUAUCGGGGCCCUUGAUCCACGAUGGCAACCAAUCCUAUGCGCCGGCUCCGCCGCUGGAGUAUUACGGCGGCAGGCGGCCAAGGAGUGGUAGCUCGCCUCCCAGAGCUGACUAUGAUGGGCUGGGUUUAAGUUUCUCAUGA